AGUGCGUGAAGGAGAAGCUGGCAUCUCACCCGUAGAGGGUAUGGGCCGGUGUUUGGCGUAAGAAGACGAAGGUGUCCCGAUCUCGGAAUGGUAUACGGGGUUAAGGAAAAGGCAGUUUGCCCUUCCACAUCGGCUCCAAAGGACUGUGUUAUGAAGCCCGAAACUUCUGCGUCCAUGUUACCAAGUAGAAAGUCUCGUGUACAGCAGGGUACCGCCGAACAGGAGCCGAGUCCAGCUCAAGAGCUUGAGCUGGAGCAAGUAAGCCACCAGGUCACGGGGUCCACAGAGCCUUUCCCGGCCGAAACUCCAAAACCCGCAGAGCUGGAGAAAUCACAAGGAAUCGACAGCGGGAAGAGAGGCGCCCUGUUCAACUUUGCGGUCAUCGUGGUGGCGCUGGCCAUCGCAUGUGUCCUUGUCGUCGUGCUAGAGACCUUAUUAACUGGCCUCAAGGACAUUUUGGCCAGGGAGCAGCGCUCCCGCGGAAGCGCCGCGACGCCAUCUACGGUGCCGUCCCUCACGAAAACAGAGUGAGCUGCCUUAUGGGCGGUGAGGGACAUCUUUCAAUUUACCUUGCUUUAUUGUACAUCAAAGGAUGCUAGGCGAGCAUAAAAAGAAAAGCCGCAGAAAUUCUCCUUGACGGAAUUCUCCUCCUCUGUUCCUAGACUCGUACACCAUGUCGCACGGCACUCACGUUCUUUUCAUAUUUACACUUGAAGAAUACCAACUGAAAGGACGGUACUGUUCAGCUGAAACAGUGUUACUUGCACAGAAUAGAAAAAAAAAAAAGAAAAAUGGCGCAAGAACAAAUACGGCACGUGUGCACCUAACAAGUUUGAAAGUAUAAAGAUAAAUGAAAAAAAUGUCUCCAAUCCACGCUUUGGAGGUGCUUGGACUGCGAAGCUGUAAACGACAAUAACGAUUGCCCAUUGCGACGUAGCUCGAAAUUAUUCACAUGGCGACAUUCACUUACGCUUUGCCUAAUAAUUAGCCGAAUACGUUUCAACAGCCUGUGGCUUGGCUUGCGCCGCUAGUUCGUGCACCUACAAAGAGUGGACCAGAGAGAAGAGAAAUGCACUUAACCACACUUUAGGCACGCCUCGUAUAUGCUCGCUGCUCUUCAGGAAGGACCACUAUACGUGGCCUUCCCAUAGCACUGUCACAGCACAAAUCAGUUGCUAGGUGGGAUCUUCUUUUACAUACCAAAGAGUAGUCAGGUCACCCCCUGCUUCGUAUUGUAUACAGUGGCUGCUUCCCGGCAACUGCAGCUUAUGCAACCGUAAUCUUUACUGGGAAACGCUUGCGGUGAACGCCAUGCGCGAAGGCGAGCUUUCUGGUUCCUUUUUUGCCUCCCCCCCAGAUGGCCGGCACCGCCAUUGCCACAGAUGCGUGAAAGCGCGCGCCAUCUGGUGGUGUUGCAAGGAAACCAGCCGCACUCGCGGCGCGCGCCUCCCGCUGAUUGGUUAAGUUUUGUCCACGGACACGGCAGACCCUUUGGUAGGUAGGACUAUACAGUGAAAUAGGGCUAUACAACUUCACUGUAAAAAAAAAAAAAAACUUGUUGUGUGUGCGGCGGUUCUGUAUGGUGCCCAUGCAGCUAUUACUACUAUUAUCUUUUAUUUCUGUGGAAAUAGCCCAAGACAUAGGUAGUAAAAGAUGAACACUCACUGCAGCGAGUGUUCAUCCUUUUACUGCCUCUGUCUGAAAUGUUUGAAAAUUCAUCUCCAGGGCAGCAGUUAAGACGCUUGGCUCGGGACGGCAAAAAGGAUAUGACCCCAGCGGUAGACGUGCUUCUUGUUCUUUUGUAUCGUUCCAUUAUUUUUGUGGCACACAUGUUAUCAGGACUUCGCAGCAGCUGUGCAACAAGCUUAAGAAAACAUGUCGCACCAAAGAUUGAAAAGGACGAAAGGGUAUCGACAUGGACAAGCGCCAACUUUUAGUUCAAUGUUAUUGGGCAUGCGUGCUAAAGUCCUCAUAUUGACGCCUCUGACAGAAAUAAAACAAAUGACAAAAAGAAGCCUAGACAUUGCAAUUUUAUUCCAGCCCGAGAGCAG